ACAUACUGUAGGAGGGUGGGAAGAAGGAGAGCGGGAGUGAGGGAGGGAUAGAGAAUACACGCAUGCAAUCGACGAGAACGUCUUGUCAUAAGAAGUGCGAGUAUAAACAUUAACAUUGAAUUGAACUAACGUAUCGUCAACGAAUGAUUGCAGUGCAUAUAAUUAACAUUGGUUUGACAUUGUUUGCAAUUGACACUUGUAUGAUGCCAUGAAAAAUAAUAUCUUUUUGAGUGGUUCUUCAUUUCUCACUCCGUGUGCGAUCAAUAUUAGUCGGUCGUGGCAUACUGAGUCGAUCCAUUGUCUAAUAGUGUCACUCAUCAUGGUGAUAAUAUUCAUCAAUCGAACGUAUUAUCAAUUUUAUUACUGUAACAAAUAGCAUUAAUAACAUAGUUAUUGAUUUAUCAUUGGUGAUCGUCAUAGUGAACGACGGUAACGACGACAGUGUAGUGACAGUGGCGACGACGGUGGCGGUGACUGUGACGGCGGCGGCAGCGACAGUGGUGGUAGAAAUAGCUGUGGCGGUGGCGGUCGAAUGGCGGUCGCGGUAGCGAUCGUGAUAGCGAUUGUAGCGACGAUAGAAACGAUAAUAUCAAAGACAGUGAGGAUAGAAACGAACAAUAGUGAUAACCAAAUUCACGAAACAAUGAAUAUGCAUUAUUUGAGGAAAUAUAUAACUCGUAUUAAAAUAACAUGAAAGAUAAAAAAAUAUGCAAAUGAAAUCAGCAAAAGGUAGAGAAAGAAAAAGCAAUCGCGAAUAAUUGUGUUUCCUUCCAAGUGUUUAUAAGGAAUUCUUAAGAAAACGAAUAAAGUGUGAUAAAUGGAAAAUUAAACAAGAAUAAGAUAUCUUAAUUAUAUAAACUCAUUCAAAGUGGCAUAAACUUGUUCAAGAACGAAUUAUCAUGUACAUGGAAGCAACGUUGCAAUGGACAAUAGAUUGCGGAUAAUAGUCAGAUCGUUGAGUUGAAUAUAAUAUUACAGCAAGGGGAAUAGACAUAGAAAAAGACACAUGAACGGGUUAAGCUUGCUCUCGAUUCGCGUACUAAAAGAGAACGCAUUGACUAAAAUGAACGCUUUAUAUUUUUCCUUACUUAGUGCUAUUUUUCUCUUAUAAUCAGAAAUAUGUGCUAAAUGAACAAUACUUCGAAUUAAGUGUGGCAAAGUGUAAAUUUCUUAUAUUGUGGAUGUAAAUACAUCUGUAUUAUGAAUUGUACAAAAUAGCGUAGUAUGUCACAAAUUGUCUCGAAAAUUUCAUACAACGAUCGAAUCUGUUUUAUUCUCUUGACUCUUUUCAUAUACCAUAAAAAUAAUGGAGACAUUAUUACCCGGCAAUACGAACAAUCAAUCGUAUAGCCCACAAUUGAAGACCGUCUUAAAGACAUAUCAAUUAUCAGCUGUGAAAAGUUUACAGGGUCCGAGUUCGGCCCUGCUUGGUAUGGACUGCAAAAGUCUAUUACAAGAACAAACACCUUGUUACUCUCCUUCAAACCGGUCGAGUAAUUGUGCCAUUGAUUCAGUAUCAGAGCAGAUUUCAAUAAAAGAUCCUGAAAAGGAUAAUUCAUCUAUAGCACCCAUCAGGCCUUGUAAAAUACGCAGAACGGAUCAACCGCUGGAAGAUUCAGAUGAAGAUCCGCAAUUGGAACGGUCGAAAAACAUUUGCGAAAAGAGAGAAUUAGAAUUUCAAAUACCUAUCUUAACAGCAUCUGACCAAAGUUGUUCUGAAAGAUGUGAAACAAUUUUAGAAGGCGAAAGAAUAUCAUGUUUUGUUGUAGGGGGCGAAAGGAGGUUAUGUUUACCACAAAUAUUAAAUACGGUCUUGCAAGAAUUUUCCCUUCAUCAAAUUAAUCAAGUUUGCGAUGAAUUACAAAUUUAUUGCUCACGAUGUACACGAGAUCAGUUAGAGGAACUUAAGCAUUCAGGAAUUCUGCCGCGCAAUGCUCCUUCCUGUGGCCUUAUCACUCAAACAGAUGCUGAAAGACUUGUCAGUGCUUUACUUUUACGGACAGAAUCAUGUGAUCCUUCUCAAAUUGGUCAAACCCAAGAUAAUAUUGAAAAGAAAGUGUGCACUAAAAAUGAUAAUGAUGAAGAAUCUAUUGUCAAAUUUAAAGUGUAUCAUGAGUGUUUUGGAAAGUGUAAAGGCAUUUUUGAUCCAAGUUUAUUUGAAUCUGAUGAUUCGGUGUGCAUAGAAUGCAUUGAAUGUGGCUGUCAAUUCUCACCUCAACGUUUCGUUAGACAUGCUCAUAGAUCUCUUGAAAAUCGUACCUGUCAUUGGGGCUUUGAUUCUGCAAAUUGGCGAUCAUAUCUAUUACUUUCACGAGAUCAAGAACACUAUAAUAAAUCACUUACUUUAUUUCGAGAAUUAAAAGAAAAACAUCUUAGAUUGAGUUCCAAGCGAAAAUCAGAGCAUGAUUCAGAAAAAUUAAAACGAAUUAAGAAAGAUAUAGGAAGAGAAGAUUGUCCUGCAAUUUAUAAUGGAAAUGGCUUAGGCAUAUAUCAUCCUGUAUCACAAGUAGCCAAUGCAACUGAUCCAUAUCUACAAAUGUCAUGGGCAGUUUUUGAAUUAGCAGCUAGAGGAGCAUCAGCUUUUAGACCAUGGAAUACCACAAAUACAUGCAAGCAUAAAGAUAAUUCAUCAUUAGUGCCUGCAUAUCUUAGUCGUGGUCCACCUGUACUACAACAUCCAGAACAUGUGGUUCCUCUCUCUGAAUGUAAACGUUUUGAACCACAUUUUCAACCAAAUGUAGCCUUAGCACCUAUACCUGCACCAUCUGUGCCUGUAGUACUUCCACCAUCUGCUCAUCAUCAACGGCGACAUCAUCAUGAACAUAAACGUUAUAAUCAACAUUCAUCAAAUUCUAAUGAAAAGAAAGAAAUUUUAUCAGAUAGUGUCAAAUCUGAGAAAACAUCUCCUAGUUCUGGAUCUAGUAUUGGCGUAUAUUCUGCAUUCCCUUCUUAUGAGUCUGGAAAUAAUCAAAAAGAACUGCCUCAUAAACCUAAACAAGAAAUUGGUGAAGAAGAAGAAAGUAGUGCUGCUGUAACAUCUUCUACAAUAAAUAUAGAACCCCCUUUGGCUGAAAUUGGAACUUCUUCGCUAGAAAGUGAUUCUGAUUCUGAAGGAACAGCAGCAAUAGAUUUAGAAGAAAGAUUGUUAGCCUUGGAAGUACCACAAGAUGUUCUGGAGUUAGCACGGCGUAUAGUUUCAGAAAAUGCACAAUUACGACGCCAUCGACGUUCAGACGCACGCGAAAUAUUACGAUUACGUAAUCAAUUGCAAAUGCAACAAAUACAAUCAUCUAAUGAUGGUGAUAAAAAGGAGGAACCAGUGAAUGCAGCAAGUGCAGCAGAUAGCACAGAAGGUAGUGAAGAAACAGAAGCUAUAUUGCCAUCAAAUAAUAAAGAGUCUGAACCUGUUGUUCUAGCUGUUAGUAAAGAAUAAAAUUAGUGAUUAGAGUUUUUUAAAUUAUUUAAUACAAAACUGCUCAGCAAUUUUUUGCAAUGCUCAUCUUUUAUCAGAUAAGCAUGCAUUAAAUUUAGUAAUAGCUAUAAUGAUAAUGAUAAAUUCUAAAUAAAUAAAAACUGUUUAGGUUAUGUGAUAAAUAGAAAGCCUUUAACGUUGUAAUCAUUAAUUUGAAAUUUUUAUUGUAACCAUAUUUCGAUUAUGACGAUUUUAAUUAAAAUCGAAUGUAGAUAUUGUAAUAUAUAGAAAAAUAACAUAAGUUAAUUAAAAUUUAUCAUGCCAUUUAAUAACUAUACUUAAUGGUUUUUAAAUAAGUUUUUGUGUAUAUUAAAUAUGCACAUCACAAAGAUUUUUAUGAUCAUUUGUUUAAUUGCUAAAUUAAACAGCGAUCAGAAAAUAAGAGAUUAGAUUGCUUUCCAUUUACUUUUUUUUAUAAUUAUGAUUGCAUAAUGUAAAUAUGAUCCAAGUAUCAUAGAUGUAUGUUUAUAUUGAUAAUAUUAUCAUGCAAAAUAUUGCUAAAGUACAAAAAAUCUUUAGGUGCUAUAUUAUUAUAUUAGGAAUGUUCUAAACAGAAAUCUAGGUGUAUUUCAGCAGUUCGUAUUACACCAUAAUAUCAGAAAUCUCGAUUAUAUUUUAGUUAUGAUCUUUAUAGCGUUAAAUAAUGAAAUUUUAUUUUUCGCUAAUAAACUUAAUUUGAGUGAUUAAAAAUAAAAUCCGUUAAUUAUUUAUAUAUUUCAAAAUCAUUAAAUUAUAUUUAAGUAAUAUUAUAAUAAAUCAUUGAAAUUUAAUUUAUAUGGAAGGUUAUUAAUUUUUUUAUACGUUGAAUAUUUUUCGUUAUCAUAAUACGAAAUUAAUUUUAAAUUCUUAACUCUCAACAUUCAUUACAUUAUGAAUUGUUAGAUGAAAAUGAAUAUUAUUAUAAAAAAAAAUACAUGAAAUCAUGUGAUUAUGUUCACUUUUUUUUAUUUUUUUUAUUUUUUUUUUUAUUAUUAUUAUUUUUUUUUUUUUUUGAUAUGAAUAUUUAUUUGUGACAUUGUAUCUACAUAUCAUUUUAGUUAUAUAUAAAAUUUAAAAAUUUUGACCCUAUGGGUUUUGGAAAAUUAAAUGUGAUUUAUUAAAAAUAUUUUUACAUGAUCAAAAAUUAAUUUGUAUGAAAAUAAUAUAAUUAAUAUUUAUAGAAAAUUCUGUCUCUAAAAUGAAAUUAUAAGCACAAGUGAUUUUUAUUAAAUGUUAUUUUCAUUUCUGCUCAUUGUAGUGGCAUGUAUAUGCAAUAAUAGAAGCAACACUUUUUUCCAAAUAUCCUUAAAAAAACCAAUACUGAUUUAGAGAUAUACCUAGAUAUUAGACAUCUAAGCAUGAAAGAACAUGAGUAUGAAAUAUAAAGAUAUAAAAAAUAUAUAUAUUUAUAUAUGUUUUCAACACAUAUUUUUUAAUCUUAUUAAUUUUUUCUUAAACGUUUGUGUAUUCCUUUAUUUUUUUAAAUUUUUUUCAUUGUCUUAUUUGUUUCACAUAAUUCAAAAUUUCUGAUAUUUGCAUAAUUUGAAUAUAAAUUCUUAAAUUUGAAUCGAAAUUCAAGAUAUAGUUAUUCAUAUCGUAUAUAAAAUGUAAAUUUGUUUUUUUAAAUUUAUAGUUAAAUAUUUCGAACAUAUAAAAUAUUGAAAAAAUUAAAUAUAGAAAGGUUGUUUUAUAAGCUUUAAAAGCUUUUUGUAUCAAGUAUAUAUUAGAACAAUAUAAUAUAAAUCUUAAACAUAUUUACAUAUGACGUAGCAAGAAAAUAUUAAUUAUACAGUUGUGUAUUUAAAAUAUACGUAUACACAUAUUUCGAGACUGUUUCUAAGAUCUCGUAUCACAUACAUUUUUCUAACAUAAUAAGAGUGCCAGUAAUUCUUGUAUCAUAAAGCACAAGACGUAAAAUAUUUCCAUUUUCAAUUUUAUUAUUCAUAUCGCUCGCUUUUUAAAUACAAGUAAAUCAUAAAUUUUCAAAGCAAUCUGUUAGAGAAAAAAUUGAUAAAGGUGUAUAAUAUAAUUGAUUAUGUAGGAUAAAUACAUUCAUUAUUAUACUCCAUAUAACACUUGGUCAAUAUAUAUGACAUGUAUGUUACAUCGUAUUGUUGUAAUAAUAUAAGCAUCCCACCUAAGGUGAACAAUAUAAUAAUUUAUGAUUUUCAUAUACUCAGUUUAUUAUGGGUAUUUAGAAUAUGUGGUAAAUAGUACACGUAUAAAUCGCAUACAAUUUAGUUUUUUUUUUGCAUAUAUUUGAGAUCUGCGUAUAAAGUUUCGAUAAGAUCAUGUAACUGCCAUGACUAAAGAUUAUUUUAAUUUUGAAUUGUGUGUGUGUGGGUGAUGUAUUUUAAGUUAAAAUGGGAAUUACAAAUAAAUACAUAAUAUGCGACGCCUGACUUUAUUAACAUUUAUGCACGAUACGCAACGCGUUAAUGUGGAUUUCGUUCGUUCGAAUAAAUAUUAUUCUGCCAAUUGGCUCUUAAUUGAUUAGGGUGAUUUAUAAAAAUGAGAUGUUAUCAGAGUAUUCAUAAAUAAGAAAUAUCGUUAUUGUUAUGAUAUAUUUAGUUCAAUUUUAAAAAAUGAAACGCGUGCGCGAAUAGUAGUUAGAAUAAUUAUUGCAUUAUUCUACGCAUACGCUCAAUAUUUUAUACGAUAUUGUAUUCAAUAUGCGUAUAUUAAUGCAUUAAUAUUUUCAAAACUUGUUCGAUUUUCAUUUCAAAUAUUAGGCUAUAAUAGAAUUCUGUGCUCACAUUAGACAUAGAAGUAUGAAAUAUUAAUCGAACGAGUUUCAAUAUCUUGUUUUGUCUUUAUCCAUGAAUCGGAAUUCAAGAAAAUAAACUAUUGAGUGAUAUAAAUAAAGCGUUCAUUAUGUAAAAUAUUCAAAUGCAAUAAAAUAUUAUAUUCGCUGCAAAUUAUUUCAUAGAAUUAAACAAUCUUAUACGUGAUAUUUAUAAAAUAGAGUAUGCGUAAAAUAUUGCUUCAUGGGUGAACUUAAUAAUAAUAUUUAGUGUGUUUAUUGAUCUUGAUAAAAUAUAUAAGUAGGUGCACACUUUUUCAAAUAUAAUAGAAUGUUUUAUUUCAAAUUGACUUUGAUAUCACGAUAGAUUUGUUUCAUCAAUGAGAUAAAUAAUAACUAAAAACUAUUGAUUAUUUUAAUGAAUUAAUAAUAAUAUGAAAAAAUUUUGUAUUUGUAUGGGGACGUGGUAUGUAUUAUGCUAGUAAAAUGUCCCGAGAUUCGGGUGUAAAUUAUCUCGUGCAUGUUCUAUCAAUAGUUUAUUUUCUUAACUUAUUCUUACUCUUCAAUAGAUGACAUAAUAGAUUUAGAAUAAAUGUUUUUCGUAUACUACAUAAUUAAUAAAUAUUUUUAAGAAAUUAAAUACAUAAAAGAAGUGCAAUAUGAAAGUACAAAAUUUAAUGUUUCAUUUGAAUUUUAUAUAUUUUACAUCAAAGAAAAAAAUUAAAAAGAAAGAAUAUAUGGAUGUCUUUUCCAAUAUUCUAAAUUUUCUUAACUAUAAGACUUUCGAAAAUGUUUUACUAUCAAAAUCUUUACUAUAUGUAAGACCAUGUCCCUGAUGACGUACUUAUAUAGCGUUGAACUUUUGAAUAAUAUUAUCUACUGAUAAAAAAAAGCGAUUUAGAACCAUUUAACGUUAUACAAUUUUCUAAUCACUUUAACGUUAUUCUGAAUUUUGUAUAAUCGAAUUUCUGUAUUCGAACGACGAAUUCCAUAUUCUUAUGAAUCGAUAUUUAAUGAUGGAUAUGAAGUAGAUCCAGUAGUGAUCUGAUUUUUGGCAUAAUUGUAGGGUAAAUGUACAUAUAAUUAUUUUCCAAAAAAAAAAAUACUCAUUGUUAAAUGUAUAUGAAGCGAAAUUGUUAUAGAUAAGGCUAUUAUCGUCAUUUAUAUUAAUUGAGAUAAUAAACGACGUUUCGAUUAAAUAAAAUUUUUUCAUGUUAA